GAAAGUCGAAAAUCAGCUGAAAUUAUACUCAGUGCCUCUCUCCUGUGUUUCUCUCCAAUUAGAGAUUCUUUAGCUCCAACGAUGACCUCGCAAUCCCCUCCGACGACCGCGUUUUUCACGCGCGCUGCUCUCACAACCUUCACGCGCCGCCCAUGGCGGGAAUUCCUUUCCCUGUCAUCCUUCGCGCGGCCCAUUUCCUUCGGCGAUGCCACUGCCCGUAUGAAGCGGAACCUCAGCUAUUUCCGAGUGAACUACGCCAUGAUAAUCCUGGUAAUCCUCUUCCUCAGCCUCCUGUGGCACCCGAUUUCCAUGAUCGUCUUCUUGGUCGUCUUUGUCGCCUGGUUCUUCCUUUACUUCUUCCGCGACAAUCCAUUGGUCAUCCUAAACCGUCAGACCGACGACCGCAUCGUGCUGGCGAUCCUCGCCGUGAUUACUAUUGUAGCCCUAGUUCUGACCGACGUUUGGUUGAACGUGUUGGUUUCCGUUUUGAUUGGGGCUUUUAUCGUGGGACUACACGCAGCGUUUAGGGGAACGGAGGAUUUGUACUACGACGAACUUGACGGUUCCGAGGGUGGACUGUGUUAUGUUGUAGGCAGCCCCACCGGAGCUGGAUACACCCGCGUUUAAAUCCAAAUCUACAUUCAUUACUUUUAGUAUUCAUUUUUUUCUUCAUCGUUUUCUUUAAAUUCUGUAUGUAAUGCUUUGAAAAAAGAAUAGGUUUUCAAG